CGGUGUUGUGGGUCAUUCCUUUCUCAAAAUGGAGUUGUCUGAGUCCGUGCAGAAAGGGCUGCAGUCUCUAGCAGACGCGACGUUUUUCGACCUGAAAACCUUCUCAGUGUUGAUAGAAGUGGCUUUUCGCAGCUUGCUAUCAGCCCAUGCCGAUCCUAGUGUUCUCGAUCAACCUGAAUUUAAACGUCUUGACCAGAAGUUGCUGAAACAUUGUCACACCGCUGUCACGACCUGCAUACUGGAGGGGGUCAAACAAAACGCUGACAAAUCCUCUAUAAGCGCAUGCUUGGAGGAUGUUAGUUUUGAUGCGGAGAGAACAGAAGUAUUCUACACCACAUACCAGAAAUAUAAAAGUGAUCUGGAAACUCUAUUGUCAAGUUUAGGGAGAUGCCCUCCUCAUGUCAAUGACGUGUCCUGGCGCCUGGAGUACUGUAUCAAGAACGGGCAUGUGCAUAAGGUCAACGAGCCGUCCUAUCUGAUUUCAUUAAACGUUGAGAAUGCCAACAAUGGAGGAUCGUCGGAAGAUGUACAUUUUAGCUGCACGAUGGAACAACUUCAGGAUUUGGUGGGAAAGAUGAAAGACGCUGCCAAGAGUCUCGAGAAGGCUACGCAGUUGUAAGCUUGCCCUGUGCUCGAAGCGCCCUGCAACAACGGUGGAAUCCGGCCUGCAAGAACGGUGGAAUCCGGUUUCUCACGUGACCCCCUCUUCUCCUCUCUGCUCCCCUCUUCUCUCUCCUCAAAGCACUGAAGUUCAGCGAUUUGAAACGGCGUUGAUAUGAUUUCUGUCCCAUUGUAUUUUAUACUAAUUUCAUUCGUAAUUAAAUAUACUGUUGGUUAUCCGUUCUGCAAAGAUGUAUUGUUAUCAAUAAAUAAGUUAAAUGACA